AUGGAGUCCACCUACCCAGUCCUCCCCGAAAAGCUCCUCCUCAUUUCUCUAAAGAUGUACUUUACCCCAGACCGCACCCUAUCCUACCUAAACGCCCUCCUAAACCCAACCAACGAAAUCGUGCACCCACAACACCGCCAAAAACUCCUCCUAGCACUAAUCCCGGACUUCCUAACAAUCCACCCCUGCGCCGAGAUAAUUAAAUCCUACGAGCAAACCCUCCAAACCCAAAACAUACCCACCAACCCACCCCCCUUCCUCCUCGGCGCGCAAGACUGUUUCUGGGAAUCUGCAGGGGCCUACACAGGCGAAGUCUCACCGUCCUCACUAGCGGCCCUAGGCUGCAAAAUCGUCGAACUAGGCCACGCCGAACGCAGAUCAAUCUUCAACGAGACAGACGCGCAGACAGCUGCGAAAGCGGCGGCAACAUGUGCACAGGGAAUGGUUCCGCUUGUUUGUAUUGGCGAAAUUACUGCGCCUGGCGCUGUUGCGUCUGAGGCGGUCGGGAAGGCUGUUGAUGAGUGCGCUGUUCUUGUGCGCGCUGUGUUAGAUGCGGUUCCGGUGGAUGCGCCGGUUAUUUUUGCUUAUGAGCCUGUUUGGGCGAUUGGGCAGCCUAAGCCUGCUGGUGUGGAUCAUGUUGCUGCUGUUGUUAGUGGGAUUCGGGGGGUUGUUGGGGAGAGGGUUGGGACUGUCAGGGUGCUUUAUGGGGGUAGUGCUGGGCCUGGGCUUUGGAGUAGGGGUAGGUUGGGGGAGGCUGUUGAUGGGAUGUUUCUGGGGAGGUUUGCGCAUGAGAUUGGGGGUGUUAGGGAGGUUGUUAGGGAGGUUGAGGAAAGUUUGGGGCUCUGA